AUGCGCCCGCACGCGCAGCUGGAUGGCGGCGUUCUCUUGGAGCUCCAAACUCAUCCUAUGUUGCAGCCCACCCGGGUCACCUGCCAGCCCCACCAGCACGCCAUCCGCCCCACAGCGUUAGAGCCUGUCAUGCCGCACCAUCAAAUUAAUAAGGUCGGCCUUGGUCAGAUCAGGAUCCAACCGAUCUGGAAGCUGCACUACCAGGAAGACGACCGCGUCGGGAUGCGCCGCCCUAAGAUAGUCCAGAAGACCUUCCUCGCUUCUCUUCUCUUUCUUCGCCCUGUAUACGGAUACGAUCAACACGACCUCGGGCUGCUCCACUAUCUGGGCGAUGCGUUCCAACUCUGA